AAGAACGCCUGCAACGCCAUGGCGAACCUUGCUCUCAAGGAGGAGUUCCAGUUUAAGAUCGUGUCGGAGGGAGGGAUCCGCCGUCUCAAUGAGAUGGCGUUCGAGGCCGCCACCAACGAGAUCAAGUUCUUCGUCGCCCUCGCCAUGGCGCGCAUCGCCAAGAAUGCCCAGCUCCGGCUGGAUAUGGUGCUGGCCGAGGAGGGCUCGCUCUACAAGACGCAUGAGGCUCUGAUCCGCCUCGCUCUGCCCCCACCUCAGAACUCAGAGAGGGUACAGACGCAGGCAGCAGAAGCUCUGGGGCUGCUGCUCUUAGAGGAAAACCUUCACUGCACUCUCGUGCACGCCGGGGUCCUCCCUGUGAUCAUGCGGCAGGCCAAUCCUUCCCAACAGUCCGACUUCCGUCGCACAGCCCUGCACGCCUUGAGAGGGCUUUCUAUCGCGUCGUUGAGGAACCAAGCGUCAGGUUGCGUCCAGAUUUCCCAGCUGGAGAGCGAAGUCCGCAAGUUGGCCGAGAUGGCACAGGCAGACGCUGCUCUGCGCUUAGGACUCGCAUGCUUCGGCCUCAUGUUGAAGAAGGAGAAGAUCGACGCCACUUGGUCGCUUGCUAGCCCCACCUACUCCACGAUGAUCGAGAGAAUCACUUUCAGUGAUGACUCGAAGGUUCGCGCCGGGCUGAAACUUCCCAAACUGGAUCCCAUAGAUCCGCUAGAGGUCCAUGAGCACCAUGUUCAACCUCAUUCCCACCAUUCGUCGUCUCGGAAGGAGUCGGAGAGGAGAGAAGAGGAGGAGUUUGCAUCGCUAGGAGGAGCUGAGAACGGGGGGUUGGAAGAGGAGAUUCAGUCAUGCAUACAGCACCUCCUGGAGGCGCAGAAACUGCUGCACCUGGUGACUGGGAGGUCUCCUCCGAGGACUUGGCUGGAGGACUGCGACUCCUUGGAGGCUCACUCGGAUCCCUUCAACCCUCCGCUCCGCGAACCUCCGCAAGACGAGAUUCAGCUGAGCGAGCCCUACUACCAGGCGGAUGUGCUGGAGGUAGAGGAGGGAGAGGAGAACUAUCUGGUGCAGCCAUCGGAGGAGGAUCGAGCUCUGCUGGACUCGAUGCUGAAGCAGCUGGCGCUGGAUAGAGGGAUCAUUGCCGACGUACUCUCGAGGGCAAAGGGAGCUCGGGGAGCAGACAAGGCUCAGAAGCUGAUCCAUGCGAUCGGAGACACCAUCCAACUGAUAGCAGACACUCUUGGAAUUCACUACUAAGAAAUUCAUUUUUCCUUUUCUUUGUACAUAAAGUUCAAAGCAGUUC